AUGAAGAAUGUCAUAGUGAUUACAUUUUUUGGUAACAAGUAAACAAAUUAAUAAUGAGCAGUAGGCAAUAUCUGAAGAGAACUAAGCAAAGGAAAAAAAAUUCUCAGUCGGAAUUAUGGAUGAGCUAAGAAUAUUUUGACCCUUAUUUCUCUAUUUUUCUAAUUCAAGGACAGCUUCGAUUACUCGUGCAUUGCAUGCAAUGA